AUGGUUCAUCCAAGUGGGGAACACUUUCAGAACCGACUAAUUAGUAGUGACGGUAAAACACUAAGGAUUUAUCUCACGGAAGCAAACAAUACGAACGCGCGAUUUCCCAAAUCAGCAGGAAUAAAAGAACAGCACCGACCGGCGGGGAAUGAUGGAACAGUUAGCGACCAACAAAAUGGAAGAAGGAGGACUUCAAGAAAAACGAAUUACCAACCAGAAGCUGCUUCGCCCCAAUACAAGAAAAGGAUAAAUGUGAAAAGAGCCAUACAAGAUGAAGAAACCGAGCGAGCUGAAACUGAACAACCAUUGACGGAAGAGACUUCAGCAGUGAAGACUACACCGGAACACGCAACUGAAGUUGUUGUCGAGGCUGUGGACACUGUAAGUGAAGCGGUGGUGGAACCAGCUACUGAAUCCGUGCCUGUCGAAUCGGAGCAACCGUCGUCAGAAGAGACGUCUGCAGAGUCUGAGCCUGCCGUAGAGACUACCCCAGAAGAUGAGAUUGUUGCUGUCGACGAGGCUGUGGACACUGUGAGUGAAGCGGUGGUGGAACCAGCUACUGAAUCCGUGCCUGUCGAAUCGGAGCAACCGUCGUCAGAAGAGACGUCUGCAGAGUCUGAGUCUGCAGUAGACACCACACCGGAACAGGUGACUGACGCUGUUGUCGAGGCUGUGGACACUGUAAGUGAAGCGGUGGUGGAACCAGCUACUGAAUCCGUGCCUGUCGAAUCGGAGCAACCGUCGUCAGAAGAGACGUCUGCAGAGUCUGAGUCUGCAGUAGACACCACACCGGAACAAGUGACUGACGCUGUUGUCGAGGCUGUGGACACUGUAAGUGAAGCGGUUGUCGAAGCAUCAACUGAAUCAUUGCCUGUCGAAUCUGAGCAGCCGUCGUCAGAAGAGACGUCUGCAGAGUCUGAGUCUGCAGUGGAGACUACGCCAAAACAAGCGACUGACGCUGUUGUUGAGGCUGUGGACACUGUAAGUGAAGCGGUCGUCGAGGCGUCGACUGAAUCAUUGCCUGUCGAAUCUGAGCAACCAUCGACGGAAGAGACUUCAGCAGUGGAGACUACGCCAGAACAAGCGACUGACGCUGUUGUCGUGGCUGUGGACACUGUAAGUGAAGCGGUUGUCGAGGUGUCGACUGAAUCAUUGCCCGUCGAAUCUGAGCAAUCGUCGACGGAGGAGACUUCAGCAGUGGAGACUACACCGGAACAAGCAGCUGGCACUGGUAUUGAAACGUUUACUUCCGUUAGUGAUUCCUAUCUCCAGGAGACGGAUUACAGUGUAUUUGUUACGUCAUCACCAGUCGUACCUUUACAUUCGUCUGCUUCACUGAUGGCUCGUUUGCCCAUCUCUCCUGCUCCUGACAGUUUACGUUCCUCUAGUGUUCCUCCGCCAUUUUUUUCCACUCCUUUUAUCGAUCGCAAGCAACUGUCUUCUUUGCCUGAGAAACCCUGGUCUGGUAUUUUCAAAAAAGUUGAUGAUCGAUCCGAUGAAUUUGUUAAUCCUCCUGUCACGAAGUGGCCAAAACCUGUUGCACCUCGACCGGUGGAUGAUACUGUUCUGUCACCGGAUUCUGAAAUUGAACCGAUCAGUUUCAGUCGUGGUUUGACUGUCGGUUUGGUUUUGUUGGCCAUGUUGGUCUUGUUGCUUAGUGUCGGACUAAUUCUUUUCCUGAUUUGGAUUCGUCAUCAUCGAGAACCGAAUUUGGAUAGUGAUUUACUGACUCGACUGGAUCGCCCUCGAGUCCAACCGGGUGGAUCGCAAACACACACGACGAGUACAACUNGUCAAAAGCCACGCCACGCUCGUCUCCAACCGGUUUCUGGUGCCACAAAACCAAAUGUCGAUAGCUUGGCUUCUAAAAGUGCUCUACGCAGACGCCAGCAACAACACAGGCGGGCACGAUUGUUGGCUCAAGAUGCUCUAUUACCUGAAGGUUCACGUACACCAGGCGGUCGAUUUCGAUGCUUAACAGAUGAUAGCGUUUACUACGGAUCCGGGUCGUCCCGUGCGGAUCCGGUCAUUUUGAUUGGUGCAAGACGAACUCGUGUCUCCCUAGACUCAGCCAAUCGACGCACCAGUACACAACAGGUGAACGGGACCGAUGGAACUGAUGGCACAGAUGACUAUCUGACCGGGGAAACGUAUUUGGAACCUCCAAUAGCCCUAAUGGAUGCCGAACGUCCAAUGACUACAACGGACUCCGAGGAAUUACCUGUUUUGAAUCCGAUAACCGGUCCAAGCGAGAACCCUUCUAACCCUCUUGAACCACGUAGACUAUCGCGUAAUCGUGGUAAAGCAUGGAAAUAUAUUGACGAAAAUUAA